GUGGGACUCUUGUGUACGUGGAACUCUUGUGCGAGUGCUGCUUGUUUCCUUGGGUCUGUUUUUACGCAUUGAGUCAAUCUUCCUCUUCAGCACAUCCGUAGAAGAACUGAUACGUGACCGACGAUGCUGGAGACGUUCACAGCAAAGCCAAGAAAGUCCUUUCGCGAUUGUUUUUGUAUUUUUCAACGGAUGCUAGGAAGAGACGCAGGAAUUCAUCCAAAGUGAGCGCAGUCUCUGCGGAUUAGUGUUUUGGUGGAAAUAUCGCGGGAGGCUGCUAAUGUUGCUCAGCCUCAGUGUGCAAUCGAAGCAGCUACGAAGCUACGCGAGACAGUGGAGGACUUUUUAUUAAUGUGAUUUAUCAUCAGUUCUCUUUCGGACCACAACAUGGAUAUUACACCCUGAUAUCCUGAACUUUAUAAUAUUUCAGGUCAGCUCUGCAUGAAAGUGCACCAGGGGAGGUGAUUUCUCAUCAAAUAAUGUAAAUGUAAUUCUCAAAUAAUGUGUUCAUAGGUGCAGCUCGCGCAUAUUGCGUGCAGGAGGAUGUCUGGCUAGAUCAAAGUGGACUAGUUUAUAAGCAGGGAGUGGUAGUGUGCCGGUUUUGCUUGUUUGGAUGUUAAAUCAGACCCAUAUGUCCUGAUGUUAGUCAUCUGACUGUGAAGAGGCAGGUCAGAUCGGUUGCUGUUGCUCUUCCUUUUGUUUUGGCUUUUCGUUGUUGAACUUGACAUCGUCGUCCGUUCAUCAGAUUGUGAAGACAUCAACACUUACUUAACUAGUCAUGUUAUGAUUAGACACGAGCACGCGUGGUAUCAGGAAUUUAAAUACUAACCUUUACAGAAUCCCUGUCAAAUGCCUCUCCUGUAAUCCACUGUAAACGAGACUUUGCUGUUACUUGAACUGCUCUCUAAGGGGAUCGAGACUUGACAUCCAUCGAGACUUGACAUCCAUUGACUGGCUUGCAGAGCCUCUGUUCGACCAUGCGUCUGUCUUCGUUCCUGGCUGUUUUCCGGCCUGCUCUGCCCCUCAUCCUGGGCCUCUCUUUGGGCUGCAGCCUCAGCCUCCUGAUGGUGUCCUGGACGCAGGGGGAGACCGAUGAGGCUUGUGGAGAUGAACUGGGCAAUGGGAGACUCAUACACAGUGGUCAUAUCAGAGAUGGCCAAGAUGGCCAGGAUGGGAGUGAGGACUUUCAGCCUCGGAUUGUGCCUUAUCACAAGGACCCCAACAAACCACACAAGAAGGUCCUCAGGACUCGUUACAUCCACACAGAGCUGGGCAUCCGAGAACGCCUUCUGGUGGGUAUCCUGAGCUCACGUGCCACUCUCAACACACUAGGGGUGGCUGUCAAUAAAACGGUAGCUCACCGUUUCCACCGUACCUUCUUUUUCACUGGCCUUCGAAGCACAAAGGCACCACAUGGCAUGGCUGUUGUUGCUCAUGGUGAUGACCGACCCGUCUGGCUUAUGUAUGAAACUAUACGCCACCUCCACCAACACCACGGCAAUGAGUAUGACUGGUUUUACCUUGCACAAGAUGAUACAUACACACAAGCUGAAAGGGUCAUGGAGCUGGUUAAUCAUCUCAGUGCGGGACAGGAUAUGUACAUGGGACGGGCAGAAGAGUUUAUCGGGGGUGAAGAACGUGCCCGAUAUUGCCAUGGUGGAUAUGGGUAUCUGCUGUCACGCAGCCUGCUAGCCCGACUGCAGCCCCACCUCGACUCUUGCCGAAAUGACAUCCUCAGUGUCAGGCCAGACGAGUGGCUUGGUCGCUGCAUCAUCGAUUACCUGGGUCUUAGCUGUGUGGAGAAGCAUCAGGAGAUGACAUACCGUUACUUUGAGCUGCAAAAGAACGUGGACCCUGAGCGCGAGGACAGUGCACAGUUUAAGAACGCCUUCACUGUGCAUCCUGUCUCUGAACCUGCCCUGAUGUAUCGCCUACAUAAACGCUAUAACCAGAUUGAACUGGACUGGACCUAUGCACAAAUACAGCAGUUACAGAACCAGAUCAAUAACAUAAGUGAGCUCACUCCAGAGGGCAAAGCCGGAGCCACCUGGCCCAUUGGAAUCAACCCACCUUUCCGACCUAAAACCCGCUUUGAGGUGAUCAGCUGGGAAUACUUCACUGAAGAGCACAUUUAUUCGUGUGCCGACAGCUCUCCAAAGUGUGAGCUUCGAGGUGCGGACAGGGCAGAUGUCAGUUCAGUCCUGGAAACCGCAGUGGGCCGUCUGAAUGAGCGCUAUCAGCCUCAGUUGCGCUUCCGUAAGCGGCGUCUGCUGAAUGGGUACCGGCGCUUCGAUCCCACACGAGGCAUGGAGUAUGUGCUAGAUUUGGCCCUGGAAGCUUUUACGCAGAAAGGUCAUAGUCAGGUCAUCGCCAAACGGGUGAGUCUGCUGAAACCGCUCAGUGCUGUCGAGAUCAUCCCAAUGCCAUAUGUAACAGAAGCGACACGAGUACAGGUGAUCCUCCCUGUGACGGCACACGAUCAAGACUUUGUGGGUAACUUCCUUGACAUGUAUGUCAUGAAUGCUCUGGAUACCCAUGACAAUGCUCUUCUCACCUUCUUGUUUGUGUAUGACCCCUUCGAUGCCCAAAGAGUCAGCCAGACGGACGUCUUUGCAGGUGUCAAAGCCAUGAUUGGUGAGGUAGAGAAACGUUACGGUGAUGUAAAGAUUCCUUGGAUUAGUGUAAAGACUGAAGUUCCCUCACAGGUCAAGCUGAUGGACAUCAUCUCCAAGAAGCACCCAGUAGACACCCUGUUCUUUUUGGCCAGUGUAUGGACCGAGGUCAGUGCGGACUUCCUUAAUCGCUGCCGUAUGAAUGCUAUCAGCAAUUGGCAGGUCUUCUUCCCGAUCCACUUUCAAGAGUACAGUCCCGCUCUGGUCUACCGUGAUCAACAGCCUUCCGCCGCUUCAUCGUUUGCGUCUGAGGCGCUGCGUGAUGGCCAUUUUGACCGCCACGUCUUUGAAGAAGCCUGCUUCUACAAUGCAGAUUAUAUGGCUGCCCGCACAAAGAUGGCAGCUGACAUUUUGGACAAUGACGAGUUGCUUGAGAGCAUGGACGUCUAUGAGAUCUUUGUACGUUACUCGGGUCUGCACGUGUUUCGGGCUGUGGAGCCAGCGCUAGUUCAGAAGUAUGUGCACAGAGAAUGUAACCCGCGGUUCAGUGAGGACAUCUAUCACCGCUGUGUGCUCAGUAACCUCGAGGGGCUGGCCUCUCGCUCACACCUAGCGAUGGCUCUGUUUGAACAGGAGCAGGCUAACAGCACCUGAACCGACUACUACUGCAACCCUAAGAUGGCUUAAACAUCUUGAUUCUUAUUUAGGUGGCCUUAAAUGACCUACUGAUAUUGACCGAGUGAACUUCUCUGCCCAGAUCAUCCAGUCAUCUCAAUUCAGCUAAACACGGUGAAGUCACCUUGUUAAAAGCAUAGAAAGUUGUCAUCCUUUAACUAGCCUCAUGUUGUUCAAAAUCUGUAUGUCUUACUUUUUGUGGAACAUUGAAGACAUUUUUAAGGAUUUUUUUUUUUUGUCUAUACUAUGAAUGUCAAAGGUGACCAGUUCUCUUUGUUGUGUUCUGCAGAAGAAAGAAAUUCAGGUCUGAACUGACUUGAAGAUGAGUAAACAAUGACAGAAUUUAUAUUUUUAGAGUCCCUUUAAGGAUCUACAAAAAAUGGAUUUAAGCUAUAAAUGUGUGACUAAUUUAACCAGAGAACAUUUCAUUUAAAAUAAACUCAUAACUCGUUUGAAAUAAAACCUGAGGAAUGAGUUUCACCUCGUUUACCAUAAUACCGAUGACUGAAUGCAGGAACCUGAAGUUAGCAAUGGGAAAGCAUAAGGAACACAUUCAUCUUUUACUAUAUGAACACGUCAGACUUUAGGUGGUUAGAACAGGUUCUAGUCUCAGCUACAAAUGUAACUUGAGCCAUCUCUCUUCCUACAGAUAUAUGAUUGUAUGAUCUUUGAACAGAAUGUGCUAAAUAUUUCAGGACUGAAUAAACAAAUUAUCUGUGAAAACGAA